AUGAUCCCCUUGCGACGGGAGUUGACUGCAAUUUCCAUUCUCACAGUAAUCAAUGCCGCAUCUGACGCGCUCCCUCCCCUAAAAGGUGCCACCGGCGGGGCACUCUUCAUCUUGGACAUAGUUAAGAAGUUCAAGGAGAACAGGAAUCAAUGGGAGGCUUUCGGAACAUACAUCGUCAAAACCAUGGCUGACGUGGUCACGGCCGUUGAUUCGUAUGAUGCGUCGAGCGAAGAGGGAAAGCGAUGGGUAGAAAACGUUACAAUGCUAAGCGAGGCAUUACAGCGUAUCAAAACCAAAAUCAGUCAAUUGCUUCUCAAGAUGGAAAAGCGGCCCGCUGUCAUCAAUUUCAUCUCUCACAUGAACAAUCUGGGCAUGAUCAGUGACCUCAGGAAAGAUUUCGGUGAAGCUUUAGAGUCGUUCCAGGUGAGGACGAACUUGACAUUUGGUGUUAUUGAAAGUACAACUCGCGGAAUCGAGGGUGCCUCGGCUCUGAGCGAACUCCGAUACCCCGUUAUCGCCCACCAUGAUUCGACUAAGGCAUGCCUCGGCGGCACUAGAAUUGAUCUCAUCAAGCACAUUAUGGCUUGGUGCUAUAACGUGAGGGAGAGCGAGAAACGUGUGAUGUUGUUGACUGCUGUGGCCGGUGCUGGCAAGACAUCCCUCACGCACUCAGUUGCAGAGAAGUGUGCGAAUGGAGGCAUGCUGUUGUUGAGCUUCUUUUUCAAAGCAGGAGAGCAAUCGCGGCCAGAUCACCUGUUCAGCGGCAUGGCUCGAUCUCUAGCAGCGCAUGACCCUACCUACCGCACCUCAGUCAUAUCUGCCCUUAAGAAAGAUCCGACUCUCGCGACUGCCCCAUUCACAAUGCAAUUCAUUAAAUUAGUGGCUGAGCCUCUCCGUCGGAAAGCGUUGCCCUCCGAUCGUCCCAUGGUGAUUAUUAUUGAUGCCUUGGAUGAGUGCGAGCAACAAGCGUUCGAGGAUCUGGCCGAUAUACUUCGAGACGGGAUACCUAAGCUACCAUCUGACAUCAAGGUUUUUCUCACCUCGAGACAAUUCGACCUUACGAAUCGUUUCCUCCCUCCCUAUUCUCCUAUCGAUCGCAUCAGCAUCGAUCUCUCGGACGGUGUGAACGUGGAGGACUGUGCUACCUACAUCCAAUCCUCAGCACUUCAUCGUUAUCUGGUGGAUACGAAAAGGGAAAAUAUCCGAGUGGCCCUGCGUUGCGUUGAGACCUUGAAUGAGGACCUUUGCCGUAUGGACGGUUUGAAGUUAAUCCAAAAAUUGCCUGAAAAGGUCGAACUGUCCCCCAUUCCUCCAGAAAUGCUGGCCGAACACUUCCGUUACGCGUGUCGGCAUGUUGUGUGUCACCUCAACCAAGUUUUGGAGCCUCCAGAGAGGCUCAAUGCGUUGGUCCUCACAUUUCUUAAUCAGCAACUCACACGUUGGGUGGAAGUCUGUGUGAGGAUGGAAGGAUACAUUAGUAUAUCUUCGUUCCCUGAAUGGGCUAAGUUGAGUACUGAUGCGGGUUCAAAGGAAGAGAUGCAGAAAUUGGCCCAAGUACUUAACAGAUUGGAGAGGAAUUGGUCAUUUUUUUCAAGAUUUCGGGAGGGGUGCGAGUUCGCGAAUGAUUCGGUUGCACUUUGGCGCUGCCUUGUAGCAGUGGACUCAGAGUCAUACACCCCGGGCUUGGCUCAGUCGCACCAGAAGCUUCGUUUGGUAUUCGUCAAACUCGGACGGCGUUCCGAGGCACUCGCUGUGAUCAAAGAAAGUGUCGAACUCUGGCUGGCUGGCGUCCAUCCGACAUCAUACACCCCACCUCUGGCUGCAUCACUACGGGAUCUCGAAAUUACGCUCAGCAAUCUUGGAAAGCAUUCGGAGGCUCUCCCAGUGAUUGAGGAAAGCGUCAAACUCUGCCGCGAUCUAGUUUUCGUUGAUCGGAUAUCGCACACCCCGACUCUGGCGUUGUCGCUCCGGAGACUCAGUGUUUCACUCACUAACCUUGGACGGGGUUCCGAGGCAUUACCAGUGAUGGAAGAAAGCUUCAAACUUUGGCGCGAACUAGUUACCGUUAAUUCAACAUCACACACACCGAAUUUGGCACACUCACUCUACUACUUUGGCAUAUCAUUCCACAGCCUUGGUCGCCAUGCCGAAGCCCUACCUUUAGCUGAGGAAUCCGUUUCUAUUUGGCGUUCGCUGUUCGCCAACUACCCUAAGUCAUAUGCCUCCAAUUUAUCCAAGGCGUUGAACUUUUUAUCCGCCAUCUUUUCAUCCCUGGCGCGCUAUGCAGAAGCACUUGACUCGGGUGAAGAGUCAUUAUCAUUCUAUCAGGAACUCCAUGUCGAAUACCCCGACGCCUAUGUAGGAGAGCUUCAGCGGUCAUAUUCUCGCAUUGCUCGUGCAUUGGAGGGUCUUGGAAGACUUGAGGAACUGGCAGCUGUAUCCGCUCUCAUGGGAAAAUUACCACGAAGAGAAAGCGCAUAA